UCCUGUCUAAUCGGUCACUUUGAAAAUUAACAAUGCCCAGUAAUCAAUUCUACCUGGCCCAGAAGUGGAACGGCUUCGACUCCAGAAAUGAAGGUGGAUAAUCAGUCGGUAAUUGUUGAGCCAACUUCCUCAGAUAUAGGAAGAAGCAGUAGCCGAAGGUUCUACCUUGUCCGUACAAUGUAUUACUACAACUUUCGCUUAAUCUACGUGAUUCUUAAUUGCAUCGCAUUGGUGGCAGGUGUCAUAUUCUUUGGUGCUGCAGUUGCGCUGACGAUUUAUAAAGAAACAAUAUUGGUCGUCAUGAAAUGGAGGAUUUAUGUGUCAUCGUUGUCCUCCUUGUACGUAGUAGCUUUUCUUCUGAUGACCUUGAGUACGGCUGGACUUUGCUUCGUUCACCGCGGUCCUAGAAAAAUGGCCUUGCAUGCAGGUUGCACCUUGCUGAUGGCUGCAGUUAUGAUCUCCAUCCCAUUUCUGCAAACUUCUGCACAAGCCAAAGUUAUCCUGGAUGCGGAGUCUUCUAUGUUGUCAUUUAUCCAGCCAAAAGUAGAUCCUUCUACCGUGGAUAUUUGGGAUCACUUCCACGAGACGUUCAAAUGUUGCGGGGUACAUGGAUACCUUGAUUGGUGCCGAAAAGAACAGGUUGCUUCGAAGAACAUCACUUCCGGUGAAAACAUCUUAGAUUCGUACACCUGUCAACUCCCUGAAACGUGCUGCAAAGAAAGCAGGAUUGAACCUACUGCACCCAAUAAGUUCAAGUAUACUAUCUGUACUGAAUCUCCUACACCGUGGAAUACUCAUCGCUCAGGGUGCUUGCCAUCUAUAAAAACGGAAAUCUAUUACUUUGGAAAGGUGUAUAGGAUCAUUAGCUUCACGACUGCUGUUAUUCUUCUACUGCAGACUAUUGCGUCAACGUUAUUGUUUACUUAUAUGUAAACAGAAAUUAAAAUUGAAGAAACUUGGUAACAUAACUUUACAAGACUCAAUGUAUGAAAAAAUUAUCUAUCAUUUUAUAUGGCUAUAUUUAAUAAACACUACAAUGAAUUGUAAAAUAAUCGGUAUUAUUGAAAGAUGUAACUUCGUAUCAUUAGAGAUGAGCUGAGAGUUUUCUUGGUGGACUUCAGUGGACUUGUUGGUAAGAGAUGUUAAAAGAUGUUAAUCGACGUUUGUUAACACAGA